AUGUCUUACUUACCACAAGAAGAAUUUUCUCAAACCAAUGUCUAUAAAUAUGAUGAAGUCCCAGAAAACAAAUCUUGGGCUCAAGCUUUACCAGUCGCCAAAGGUCUUUAUAACCCAGAAUUAGAAAAAGAUGCUUGUGGGGUUGGUUUCACUUGUCAUUUAAAAGGCGAAGCUUCUCAUAAAAUUGUGUCUGAUUCAAGAAACUUAUUAUGUAAUAUGUCUCAUAGAGGUGGGGAAUUAAAUCCAAAAGAUGGUGAUGGUGCUGGUAUGUUAUCUUCCAUUCCUCAUAAGUUUUUAAAACGUGAAUUCAAAUAUCAUUGUAAUGUUGAUUUACCUCCUUUAGGUCAAUAUGGUACUGGUAAUGUAUUCUUUAAAAAAGAUGAUACCGUAUUUGAAAAAUCAAAAGUUACUUUUGAAAAUAUCGCUCAAUCUUUAGGUUUAAAAGUUUUAGGUUGGAGAAAAGUUCCUCAUGAUUCUUCAAUCUUAGGUCCUGCCUCUUUAUCAAGAGAACCUUAUAUUUUACAACCUGCCAUUGUUUUAUCUGAUUUACCUGCUGAAAUUUCAGGUGAUGAUUUUUCAUCAAAAUAUCAAAAAGAUUUUGAAAAAAGAUUAUUCAUCCUUAGAAAACAAUCAUCUCAUUCCAUUGGUUUACAUAAUUGGUUUUAUAUUUGUUCCCUUUCCAACAAAACCAUUGUUUAUAAAGGUCAAUUAGCUCCAAAUCAAGUGUUUGCUUAUUAUCAUGAUUUAGUUAAUGCUGAAUUCGAAGCUCAUUUCUCCUUAGUUCAUUCUCGUUUCUCCACCAAUACUUUCCCAUCUUGGGAUAGAGCUCAACCUUUAAGAUUAGCUGCUCAUAAUGGUGAAAUUAAUACUUUAAGAGGUAAUAAAAAUUGGAUGAGAGCUAAAGAAGGGGUUAUGACUUCAGAAUUAUUUGGUGAUGAAUUAGAUAAAUUAUUUCCAAUUAUUGAAGAAGGUGGUUCUGAUUCAGCUGCUUUUGAUAAUGUUUUAGAAUUAUUAGUCAUUAAUGGUGUUUUGUCAUUACCUGAAGCCGUCAUGCUCAUGAUCCCAGAAGCUUGGCAAAAUGAUGAACAUAUCGAUCCAAAAAAGAAAGCCUUUUAUGAAUGGGCUGCCACUAUUAUGGAACCUUGGGAUGGUCCUGCUCUUUUCACUUUUGCUGAUGAUAGAUACUGUGGUGCCAAUUUAGAUCGUAAUGGUUUGAGACCAUGUCGUUAUUAUGUUACUGAUGAUGAUCGUAUUAUUUGUGCUUCUGAAGUCGGUGUCAUUGAAAUUGAACCAGAAAAAGUCUUACAAAAGGGUAGAUUACAACCAGGUAGAAUGCUUUUAGUUGAUACCAAAGAAGGUAGAAUUGUUGAUGAUCGUGAAUUGAAACAAAAAGUUGCUUCAAGAUAUGAUUUUAAAUCUUGGGUUAUGGCUAAUAUGAUCAACAUGACUGACUUAUUAGAAAAGUUAGAAGCUAGAAACGUCGAUCUUUCAACUCCAAAGAACGCUGAACACGGUGACUAUACCGUCCAAUCUGAUCCAAGAUUGAUUGCUUUUGGUUAUUCUCACGAACAAAUGUCAUUAGUCUUAGCUCCAAUGGCCGAAGGUAAAGAAGCUUUAGGUUCUAUGGGUAAUGAUAAUGCUUUAGCUUGUAUUUCUGAACAACCUAAAUUAUUAUAUGAUUACUUCCGUCAAUUAUUCGCUCAAGUUACCAAUCCUCCAAUUGAUCCAAUCAGAGAAGAAAUCGUCAUGUCUUUAGAAUGUUACGUUGGUCCACAAGGUAAUUUAUUAGAAAUGAAACCAGAUCAAUGUAAUAGAUUACUUUUAAAAUCUCCAAUUUUAUCUACUAAAGAUUUGACUACUAUUAAAAACAUUGAAAAAGUUUAUCCAAAAUGGUCUGUCGCUACCAUUGAUAUCACUUUUGAUAAAUCAGAAGGUAUACAAGGUUAUAUUGAAACCAUUGAUAAGAUUUCUCAACUUGCAUCGAAAGCCAUCGCUGAUGAUAAUCAAGUUAUUAUUUUAAGUGAUUUAGCUACUUCAAGCACCAGAAUUCCAAUCUCUGCUUUGAUUGCUGUUGGUUCAGUUCAUCAUCAUUUAGUUAGACAAAAACAACGUUCUAAGGUUGCUCUUAUUAUUGAAUCUGCUGAAGCUAGAGAAGUUCACCAUGCUUGUUGUUUAGUCGGUUAUGGUGCUGAUGGUAUUAAUCCAUACUUAGCUAUUGAAACCUUAAUUAGAAUGAAGGGUGAAGGUUUAUUAAAAGAUGCCGCCUUAACUCCUGAUAAAAUCAUUAAGAACUAUAAAUACGCCGUUGAUUCAGGUAUCUUAAAGGUUAUGAGUAAGAUGGGUAUUUCAACUUUAGCUUCUUAUAAGGGUGCUCAAAUUUUUGAAGCUCUUGGUGUUGAUAAUUCUGUUAUCGAUAGAUGUUUCACUGGUACCGCCUCAAGAAUUAAGGGUGUUACUUUUGAAUAUAUUGCUCAAGAUGCUUUCUCCAUGCAUGAAAGAGGUUACCCAACUAGAUUCACUUCCAAACCAAUUGGUUUAGCCGAAACUGGUGAAUAUCAUUGGAGAGAUGGUGGUGAUGCCCAUAUUAAUGAUCCAGCAGCAAUUGCUUCUAUGCAGGACGCAGUUAGAAAUAAGAAUGAAAAGUCUUAUGAAGCCUAUUCCAAGAAAGAAUAUGAAGCCAUUAAGAACUGUACCUUAAGAGGGUUAUUAGACUUUGACUUUGAAGCAUCCGAUCCAGUGCCAAUUGAUCAAGUUGAACCAUGGACCGAAAUUGUUCGUCGUUUCUUUACAGGUGCUAUGUCUUAUGGUUCCAUUUCCAUGGAAGCCCAUUCUACUUUAGCUGUUGCAAUGAAUAGAUUAGGAGGUAAGUCUAACACUGGAGAAGGUGGUGAAGAUGCUGCUAGAUCUAUCGUUAGUCCUAACGGUGAUACCAUGAGAUCUGCCAUUAAACAAGUUGCUUCAGGUAGAUUCGGUGUUACUUCCUACUAUUUAUCUGAUGCUGAUGAAUUACAAAUUAAAAUGGCCCAAGGUGCUAAGCCUGGGGAAGGUGGUGAAUUACCAGGUUACAAGGUUACUGAAACUAUUGGUAAAACCAGAAAAUCUACUCCAGGUGUUGGUUUAAUUUCUCCACCACCACAUCAUGAUAUUUACUCCAUUGAAGAUUUAAAACAAUUAUUAUAUGAUUUGAAAUGUGCUAAUCCAAGAGCUAGAACCUCAGUUAAGUUAGUUUCCGAAGUUGGUGUAGGUAUUGUCGCUGCCGGUGUCGCAAAAGCCGGAUCUGAAAAUAUUUUAAUUUCUGGUGGAGAUGGUGGUACUGGUGCUGCCAAAUUAACAUCUAUUAAAUAUGCUGGUCUUCCAUGGGAAUUAGGGUUAGCUGAAUCUCAUCAAACCUUGGUCUUGAAUGAUUUAAGAGGUAGAGUCAUUUUACAAACUGAUGGUCAAAUUAGAACUGGUAGAGAUAUCGCAAUUGCCUGUUUACUUGGUGCCGAAGAAUGGGGGUUUGCUACAACUCCUUUGAUUGCAUUGGGAUGUGUAAUGUUGAGGAAAUGCCACCUUAAUCUGUGUGCUGUAGGUGUCGCUACGCAAGAUCCAGAGCUCAGAAAGAAGUUUCAAGGUACUCCUGAACAUGUUAUCAAUUUUUUCUUUUAUUUAGCAAAUGAAUUAAGGGGUAUUAUGGCCCAAUUAGGGUUCAGAACCAUUAACGAAAUGGUGGGUAGAACCGAGAAAUUGAGAGUUAGAGAGGACUUGAGAAAUACCAAGAAUGCUAACAUUGAUUUAUCUCCAAUUUUGACUCCAGCUCAUACUAUUAGACCAGGUGUUCCAACUUACUGUGUCAGAAAACAAGACCACUCAUUACACGUUAGACUUGAUAACAAAUUAAUCGAUGAAUCCGAGCUCACUUUAGCCAAGGGAUUACCUGUUACCAUUGAUUGUGACGUUGUCAACACCGAUCGUACUUUAGGUACUACUUUAUCCUAUAGAGUUUCAAAAACUUUUGGUGAAGCCGGUUUACCACACGAUACCAUUCAUGUUAAUGUUAAAGGUUCUGCUGGUCAAUCAUUUGGUGCUUUCUUAGCCCCAGGUAUCACUUUAGAAUUAGAAGGUGACGCCAAUGAUUAUAUCGGUAAAGGUUUAUCUGGUGGUAGAAUUGUUGUUUACCCACCAAAGGAAUCCAAAUUCAAAGCUGAAGAUCAAAUCAUUGCUGGUAACACUGCUUUCUUCGGUGCCACUUCUGGUACUGCCUUCGUUAGAGGUAUUGCUGCUGAAAGAUUCGCCGUUAGAAACUCUGGUGCUACCAUUGUUGCUGAAGGUACUGGUGACCAUGGUUGUGAAUAUAUGUCUGGUGGUAGAGUUGUUAUCUUAGGUGGUACUGGUAGAAAUUUCGCUGCUGGUAUGUGUGGUGGUAUUGCCUACGUCUUAGACAUGGCUCAAGACUUCAACACUAAGAUUAAUACCAACACUGUUGAAUUAUCUCAAGUUACUGAUCCAUCUGAAGUUGCUUUCUUAAGAGGUUUAAUUGAAGAUCAUCGUCAUUACACCAAUUCUGAAGUUGCUGAUAGAAUCUUAAAUGAUUUCAAUAGAAUCUUACCAAGAUUCGUUAAGGUUUUACCAUGGGAUUAUAAGAAGGUUCUUGAAAAAGAAAAACAAAAAGCUGAAGAAGCUAAGAAGAGUGAAUUAAACUCAUUCUUUAAAUCUAUUAAAGAAGAUCCAGAAGCUGAUGCCACUAAUGGUGAAGCUGCCAAGAUCAAACAUGGUCAUGUUCACUCUACUAAAACUGUUUCUGCUAAGGAUGGUCACAAGGAACCAAAAGUCUUAGAUGUCGAAGAUACUAUCUUAGAUAUUGAAACUGAAAAGAAAGCUAUUGUUAAAUUAGAUAAAGUUAAGGGCUUUAUGAAAUAUAAACGUAGAAAUGAAAAAUACAGAGACGCCAAGGAAAGAACUAAGGAUUGGAAUGAAAUGACUUCAAGAUUAUCUAAGGAUGAAUUGAAAUAUGAAACUGCCAGAUGUAUGGAUUGUGGUGUCCCAUUCUGUACUUCUGAUACUGGUUGUCCAAUUUCCAAUGUUAUUCCAAAAUGGAAUGAAUUAGUCUUUAAAGAUAGAUGGUUUGAUGCCUUACAAAGAUUAUUGAUGACUAACAAUUUCCCAGAAUUCACUGGUAGAAUUUGUCCAGCUCCAUGUAAUGGUGCUUGUGUUUUAGGUAUUAAUGAAGAUCCAGUUAAUAUCAAAUCCGUUGAAUGUGCCAUUAUUGAUCAUGGUUUCGAACAAGGUUGGAUUGUACCAAAUCCACCAUCAGUUAGAACUGGUAAGACCGUUGCUGUUAUUGGUUCUGGUCCAGCUGGUUUAGCUACUGCUGAUCAAUUAAACAAGGCAGGUCAUAAAGUUACUGUUUAUGAAAGAUCUGAUAGACCAGGUGGUUUAAUGAUGUAUGGUAUUCCAAACAUGAAAUUAGAUAAAAAGAUUGUUAAGAGAAGAACCGAUUUAUUAGCUGCUGAAGGUAUUGAUUUCGUCUGUAACACCACUGUUGGUGAAGAUAUUACUGUUGAAGAAUUACGUAAUACUUUUGAUGCUGUUGUCUUUGCUGUUGGUUCAACCAUUCCAAGAGAUUUAAAGAUUCCAGGUAGAGAAUUAAAGAAUAUUAAUUUUGCUAUGCAAUUAUUAUCUACCAACACUAAAGCUUUAUUAGAUGAUGAAUUAGCUGAAGUUAGAAAGACUCUUCAAGGUAAGAAUGUUGUUGUUAUUGGUGGUGGUGAUACCGGUAAUGAUUGUUUAGGUACUUCUACUAGACAUGGAGCUAAAUCAGUUACCAAUUUUGAAUUAUUACCAAAUCCACCAAGUGCUAGACCAAAAGAUAAUCCAUGGCCACAAUGGCCAAGAAUCUUCAGAGUUGAUUAUGGUCAUACUGAAGUUGCCACUCAUUAUGGUAAAGAUCCAAGAGAAUACUCUAUUUUAUCCAAGGAAUUCGUUGAUGACGGUGAAGGUAAUGUCAAGGGUAUUAAGACUGUUAGAGUUGAAUGGAAACGUUCAGAUUCUGGAGCUUGGCAAAUGGCUGAAGUUCCAGGUAGUGAUGAAUUUUUCCCAGCUGAUGUUGUUUUACUUUCAAUGGGUUUCCUUGGACCAGAAGCUGAUAAUUUAGAAGUUUCUAAAACCAAGAGAGGUACCAUUGGUACUGUUGAUCCAAAUGCUUAUAGAGUCUCCCAAGAUGGAAACCUUUUCGCUGCUGGUGAUUGUAGAAGAGGACAAUCAUUAGUGGUUUGGGGUAUUCAAGAAGGUAGACAAUGUGCUAGAGAAGUUGAUAAUUACUUGAUGGGAUCUACUAGAUUACCAGGAAAUGGUUCAAUUGAACAAAGAAAUUUCAAUUUAUUAGAAGAAUUAGCUGAAAAAGUCUAG